AUGAAUUCUGAUGAGGUAUCCCCCAGCUCCGAAGGUGAUUUUGAUGAACACUCCACUGGUUCCACAAUUGAUAUUGAAGGAAUUCCAACUGAAUCCAUAAUUAAUUCUGACGAAGUCACCAUUGGCUUCACAGUUAAUAUUGAUAAAGUUUCCACCGCUUCCACAUCUAAUUUUGAUGAAUUUUCUGCCAGCUCCGGAGUUGAUUUUGAUGAACACUCCACUGGCUCCACAAUUGAUAUUGAUGGGGUUCCCGCUGGAUCCAUAAUUGACUUUGAUGAAGUCGCCAUUGGCUCCAUGGUUAAUAUUGAUGAAGUUUCCACCGGUUCCACAUUUAAUUUUGAUGAGGUUUCCACCAGCUCCGGAGGUGAUUUUGAUAAAAACUCCACUGGCUCCACCAUUGAUAUUGAUGGAAUUCCCAUUGUAUCCAUAAUUGAUUCUGAGGAAGUUUCCACUGGUUCAAUAGUUGAUUUUAAUGAAGUUUCUACUGGCAUCUCUGCUACUGAUUUUGAAGCUUCUACUGGCUCUACAGGUGAUUUUGAUGAAUCUCUCACCGGCCCCAAAGUUGGCUUUGAUGAAGUUCGCACCAGCUUUGCAGAAAUUGAUGAGUUCCCUUGUGUGAUAAUAUUGGGAAAAUCAGCUGUUCGGGAUUUUUUAUGA